UCCUUUCAAGAACUGAAUUCUCUACAGUUUCAGUUCAGAGUUUUAAUUAGCUAUUACUCCCCACCUAAAUUAUUAGACUCAAAAUUUGACUUUUGCACAAAAAACCCAAAAAGCAAGAAAAAGAAAGGAUUUUUUUGGAGUAUACUGAUACCCCUUCUAUAUUUCUACUACUAGUUCUUCUUUUCUCUCUGUAUCCUCACUUUUUCUGCAAUCUUCUAGAUAUUUGUGUAUUAUUGGUCCCUUUUUCUUUUUCUUGAAUUUUUGCUUUCAGUUCUUGAAUAUGGUGUCCAUUAUAAAAGGGUGAUGGUUGCUUUUAUUGGACUUUGUGCUGCUUGAUUGGUUGUUUAUUGUAGAAUUUUACAUUUUUGGGGUUCUUGGGUUUGCUGUCUUUAGUCUUUCAUGUUGGGGGCUCUAGAGAGUUUUGAGACAGCCACCCAAAUAUUUAAUUCUUGAUUUGGUCUGCUAGUUGUGCUACAAUUGUUGUUAAAAAUUCAAUCUUUUUUGACUUAAGCAGUGAAUCUUGAUGUGUUGGAAGCUGUGACAAAGUUCAGCUAUGGCUCUCUAGUAGGUAAGUAUUUCAUUUCCCCCAAAAAAAUUUAAUGGUUUGUGCUAUUGUUGUUUGGAUUUCUUGAACUACUCUUUUUUUUUUGUCAUUUGAGGGUUUUAGGGAAUAGUCAGUUUUUGUAACUUUUGAGUAGCCAACUUUGAUUUUGUGGGUUUAUUUAAUAAUGGACUGUCAUCAAGUAGUCAGUAUGGAAGAAUCAGAAUCUCUUGUUGUUGAUGACAAAACAAAAUCUGAUUGUCAAGGGAAGGGUGGUGUGGUUAGGAAUGUAGAGGGGUUUAUUGGGGUUCUUGAUGUUCAUGUGCAUCAAGCAAGGGAUAUACAUAACAUAUGUAUAUAUCAUAAACAAGAUGUGUAUGCUAAGGUUUCCUUAACUAGUAAUCCUGAAGAAGCUGUUUCGACUGAUACUAUUAAUGGUGGGGGGCAGAACCCGGUUUUCGAUCAGAGUCUUCGACUUAAUGUCAAGACUAUUGAAACAUCAGUGAGAUGUGAGAUAUGGAUGAUGAGUAGGGUGAAGAAUUAUUUGCAGGAUCAGUUGUUGGGAUUAACUUUAGUACCACUUUGUGAUGUUCUUGCUGAGAAUGGGAAGCUAGAACAAGAAUUCACCUUGUCAUCGAGUGAUCUUUUCCAUUCUCCGUCCGGUUUUGUGCAAUUGACACUAACAUAUACUGGUGCAACCCCGGAAGUCUUGGAAAUUCCCACACCAGGCCAUUCUUUGGCUGCAGCAAAUGCUGAUGAAAUAGCUGAGAGUAUUCCUUGUGAACUGGUUAAGAUUGAAUUCCCGGAUCCCCAAAUUGUGAACGAAAAUGAACGAAUGGUUACCGAGUACUAUGCAAUUCCCUGCACUGAAUUGGAUGGUCAAAGCUCUGAGCAUAUAGACUCCAAAGAAAAUGGUGGACACAUCUCUUCUGAAAAUGUUCAGAUUACACCAGAAAGUGUGGCUGUUGAAGGUCAAGAUGCCACUGAAAUCAAGAAGGUAGAGACUCUCACCCUGAGUGCUUCAGCCAAAAGUUCUCCAUCAAACUCAAACCCCAAACAGACAUCAACCGCUACGGAGGAGGAAUCUGCACUGCCUUUGGAUGAUACUAAAGACAGUGCUAAAGAGGUUGAUAGCACCUCAUCUGUUAAGCCUAUUAGCACGUUUACGCUGCCAGUUGUCAACGUGAGCAUUGUACCAGAGAAGCAGGUUGUGCAGCAAGAUAUAGUUGAUAUAUAUAAGAAAAGUAUGCAGCAAUUCACUGAAGCUCUAGAAAAGAUGAAACUUCCUCUGGACAUUGAAAAUGGAAAUGACAAAACAGAGAACUCUAGUUCAAGUGAGAGACCACAGACGCGCCCAAAUGGCCAAAGCCCAAGAGUGUUUUAUGGUAGUAGUGCCUUCUACUGAAAAGGUUCACAAAAGAAAUCACUUGUAUGUUUUAUCUACCUGAACUUGCUUGUAGUUUGGCAUAGAAUGGAAUGUUUUCAGUUUAAUUAGGCUAAUCAGGAAAGAUGUUUUCUAUGAACUUUUCGUGUUGCUGUAUUAGAAAUGUUAUUAACUAAUGCUGUUAUUGAAUAACAAAUGAUUUAGUCAUGGUGUAGUACUUUGGUUGACUAUAUUCUACUUAUAAAUUUGACAUUUAUGGCAAAAAA